AUGUCUCUUUACACUUUCUCCUUAGCACUGCUCGUUGCAUUUGUGUCGGCACAGUCCACAACAGACCUCUCGCAAUAUGUUCUUACAACAACUGGAACCAAUGGUGGCAACACAUUUCCGGGGGUAUCACUGCCAUUCGGCAUGGUGAAACUUGGCCCAGAUAUCUUCAGUGGACAUGACACUUAUUCAGGAGAUGCUCCGGUAGGAAACUUCACAGGGUUCUCAAUGAUGCAUGAGAGCGGGACUGGAGGUGCUCCCAAGUAUGGUGUUGUCUCGCAAAUGCCAGUGCUGGGAACUGUCAGUAAUCCUUUGGCCAAUUUGAAUGACACUCGGGCCCAACCAGACAUCAAUUCCGUAGGCUAUUACAAGGCCUCACUUGGAUCCAAGAUCACUGUUGAGCUCAGCUCCACGAGCCGGGCUGGUUUCUACGAGUACAACUUCCCAACGGGAGACCAGGCGAAUGUUGUUGUAGAUGUCUCCCACGUCCUUCCGUCGUACAGAGGUCAGGGACUAUCGCAGCAGUACCUCGGAGGCAAUAUAUCUGUCUCAAAGAACCACUACGAAGGUUAUGGCGACUACAAUAAUGGAUGGAAUAGAGCCCCAGAUUGGCGAAUCUACUUCUGUGGUUAUUUCGACAGCUCGGCUACAGUCAAAACCUUCGUAGGUAAAAAUACGAAUGGAAGCGAGCUAGCGCAGUACAGCACAACGACGACUGCAGCGUCAACAGAUCGUCUAGGCGCGGUGUUUAGCUUCAGCGAAACAAAUGUCACUUCAAGAGUUGGGAUAUCAUUCAUCUCCACCGCUCAGGCGUGUGAUAAUGUCAACACGCAGAUACCCUCUGGAUCAACGCUCUCAACAAUGACGAACAACGCUAAGAAGAUCUGGAACGAAGAUGUUCUCUCCAAGGUCACAACUACUGAAUCUAACCUCAGCAAUUUGCAGCUACUUUACAGUUCCAUGUACACUAUGCAUUUGCUGCCUUCGAACCGUACAGGCGAGAACCCCCUGUGGAAGUCAUCCGAACCAUAUUAUGAUGAUACGUUCACUACCUGGGACCUAUUCCGCUGCACCUUUUCCCUGUUCCAGAUCUUCCAGCCCAAUAUGUACGAGGAAUACAUUAGAAGUCUCAUCGAUAUCUUUCGCUUCGAAGGCUACAUGCCAGACGCCAGAUCAUCAAACUUCAAUGGGGCAACUCAAGGAGGUUCUAAUUCCGAUAAUAUUCUUGCGGAUGCGUUUGUGAAAGGGGUCCGGGGUGCCGUAAAUUGGACCACUGGGUACGAGGCCAUGGUCAAGGAUGCUGAAAUUACUCCAGUCAACAACAACGAUCCGAGAGAUUUGUCAUCGUCGACCAAGGAGGGCAGAGGAGCGCUUCCAGAUUGGUUGAAAUAUGGCUAUAUCACCCCUAAAUAUGGCCGUGCAGUCACUCGAGCCGUGGAAUAUUCCGUCAACGAUUUCUCAUUAUCUCAAGUAGCUGCUGGGUUGGGGAAAACCGCAGAUGCAACAAAAUACACCACAAGAUCUCGUAACUGGCGGAACCAUUGGAAUUCAGCGGCUAGUGCCCUCAACUUUACUGGGUUUCUAGUGCCACGCAAUACCUCGGGAUUCAUCGCUCAGAACCCACUAUCUUGCGGAGGUUGUUAUUGGGGAGAUGCCUUCUAUGAAGCACUUCCAUGGGAAUACUCAUUCAACGCUCAUCACGACAUCAAUACCCUCAUUGCGCUUUCUGGAGGCCCAGCUACUUUCACUUCCCGUUUAGAGAUAACAUUCACACCUGGUCUCAACAUCUCGGGCGGAUCAGCAGCCUCCAACAACACAAUCUUCAAUCCCGGAAACGAACCUUCGUUCACAACUCCGUAUCUGUACAACUUUGUUGGAAGACAAGAUCUGAGCGUCAAGCAAAGUCGCAAUAUUGCCAAAUCAUAUUAUUCGCCCACGCCUGGUGGCUUGCCAGGAAACAGUGAUGCAGGCGCCAUGGAAUCUUGGCUGCUGUGGAAUAUGCUGGGUCUGUACCCGAUGGUAGGACAGACAACCUUCUUGAUUGGGUCUCCCUGGUUCGCCAAUACGACCAUCUCUUUACCUCAAGGGAAAAAUCUAGCCAUGACAACGACUGGUGGAUCUAAUUCAUCCUAUUAUGUUCAGUCCCUCAAGGUAAAUGGACAACCAUGGACACAAUCGUGGCUGACUUGGAACGAUGUCUUUUCGAAGGGAGGCACGAUGGACUUUGUGCUUGGUCCUGAGCCAAAGAACUGGGAUACAGGGAAAGCACCUCCAAGUCCCGCCACAGAAGUUGCCGCGAUGGUAUCUCCGAAACCCGCCCCACAGGUGGAGGAUCAUCACAGGAGGAAGAUGCUGAGGGAUAUAGGCUUGGCGAUUAUGAGUUUGGGACUGGUGAGUCUCAUCGCUGCAACUGCAGCAGCGAUUUGGUGGUUCCGAUUCAAGAAGCAGAAGCCCGCUGCAACUUCAGAAGUGGCAGAUUCGGAGAAGGGCGAGCAGUCUAUGGAUGAGGGCAAAGGAAACAUGGACUUUGCAGGAAGCAAGAGGAGCAAUAUUCUACUUCGGUGGAGAGCUCAUAUCUUACAUCGCCUCGGGAAACGGACACCAGACACUACAGCACGGCCUACAAGCAAAAGCGAUAGUCUUACUACAACAUCUAGUAGUGAAGAUGGACAAUGGAACAAUGGAAAGAAAGAGCUUAGUAUACAGACGGAGAGAUCACUGGAUCCCCCACCUGUCGAGCCCUGGACUCCAAGGGGUAUAAACCGACGGGACGAAUGA